UAAUGGGUAAAGCGGAAGGCUCUGUGGCUAGGGAAGAAUGGCACGGACACGUCACUGCUCUCUCUGUUGCACCAGAAUUUCGACGUCUGGGUUUGGCUGCUAAAUUGAUGGAACUGCUGGAAGAAAUUUCAGAAAAAAAGGGUGGGUUUUUCGUCGAUCUCUUUGUGCGAGUAUCAAAUCAGGUUGCGGUGAACAUGUACAAGCAGCUGGGCUACAGCGUGUACCGGACAGUGUUAGAAUACUACUCUGCUAGUAGUGGGGAGCCAGAUGAAGAUGCUUAUGAUAUGAGAAAAGCUCUUUCCAGAGAUCCGGAGAAGAAAUCAAUCCUACCCCUGCCUCAUCCCGUGAGACCAGAGGACAUUGAGUAA